GAUGCCUCUGAACUACUCCAAGUUUGAUCUGCUUGUUGAUUCGGACGAUGACAAGCCGGACCCCAAGGCAAGAGCCGUGGAGGAGCAGCAGAAGAUGCUUCAAGAAAUGCAGAAGCAGGCGGAGGAGAGCCGGAUGGCCGAGAAAAAGCAGGCCGAGGCGCAAAAGCCUUCGCAUCAAAAGGAUCGCUUUGCAUAUGCCGAGGGAGACUGCAGCGAACUGGCACGAGAGCUUUUGAAGAGUUGCCUGCAAAAGGCAAGUAGCGUCAAGGUUGGGAAUGGAGUUCUGUCUGUGGCCACAGUGGAGAAGGUCGAAGGCGAAUCCUCCACAUUCAGGGUAAGAGGGCAGCUGCGCCACACAUGGGAUCUGAACUUCAAAGUGAAAUGGACCUACCAGUGGAUGGGUGCAAACUUUGACGAAGGUCCGCAGAGAGCAGAGGGCGCCGUAGCAAUUAUCGAGUUUA